AUGGACCUGGACUGGUUCAAGAGCACGUGGCCCUGGGUGGCAACUUGUACAGCAGCCCUGGCCGCGAUGCUGCGUGUUGAGCCGGAGGUCUCAAAUGCUCUAAACGAGCGAGCUGUGACGCUCUUGGUUGCUGGGCGUCAGCUCAGUCUGUCUGUGAGUCUGCAGUCCGCCACAGUGCUCAUGGUGGGUCUUUAUCAGCUGCUCACGGCGCCCAUCCGCCGGCCCACCAAGAACUACCACGACCCACGGUCCGGCCACUUCAAGGCCCUGCGCGCGAAGCUUUUCCCGCCCGGCUUUCCCAACGGCUGGCACAGCGUCUGCAAUGCGACUGACAUUGAGAACGGGCGGGUGAAGUCGAUCAGUGCACUCGGGACCUACAUGGUCGCCUUCCGUGGCCAGGAUGGUGCCGCCGCAGUUCUGCACGCCUUCUGCCCCCACAUGGGGGCCCAUCUCGGCAUGGGGGGCGUGGUGGUCGGCAACACCCUGCAAUGCCCAUUUCAUGGCUGGCGCUUCGGAAAGGACGGUGCCUGCGAGCACGUGCCUUACCGCAAGACUUCCCGGGAGAUGCCCGAAGCGUCCAAGCUGCAUGCCUACGAGGUGCGGGAGAUCCUGGAACGCAUCUACAUCUGGUUCGAUGCCGAAGGACGACCUCCUCAGUGGGAACUGGAGUGCCACCAGCAGCUAGAGAGGGACGUGGCUGACGGAUCCUUCUACCUCGCCACGAUCCGGCAGAUGGAGUUUGACCAACACUGCUGCGAGAUGCACAUGAACAGCGCGGACCCGUACCAUUUCAAGACCCUGCAUGCCCCGCUGCCCUUGCCUCUUUUGGAGAAGUUUGUGACUGCUGACCACACGGCCACGCAGGAGUACGGCAAGGGCGUCGUGAACGGCCAGCUCAUGGACAAGGAGCACAUGUGCUCCUUCGAGGAGCGAACGCACGGCCUUCAGCUCCUGGGGCUUCCCUGGCUGCCGGUGCCCUUCUCGCGCACCAUCGCCUCGUCCAUCGAGACCAACGUCACGUUUGAAGGCCCGACGGUGGUUCAUUUUCGCAUCCGGACGCCUUUGGGCGUUCUGCGGCAAGUGAAGACCAUCUUACCUGUGGAGCCCUUCAAGCAGUGCGUGGAGGCCCGAUGGUAUGCAGAGAGGUCCGUGCCGCGAGCCGCAGCCGUGGCCCUCGGAAUUAUUGGCGGGCGGGCGCUCGAGCAAGAUCGGGAGGUCUGGGAGAACAAGAUCUACCACAAGAAGCCGGUCCUCGACAAGUAUCGGCUCAUGACCACAGUACAAAAUCCUCUCAUCGGGCAGGCAUUGCAGGGAUACAUAGCCCGAUAUCACACGACAGCGAAGUCGAACUACAAGGACCAGUCAGCACGUGAGUACCUGAAGCUCUACGAGGAGUAUCGCCCAUUUGUGUGCAAGAAGCCUGGCAGCAACGCGGCCUCUUCAUCAAGACUGCGCAGUCGGCGCAGCACUGCGAGUGAGCGCCGGCUGAUGCAGCGGUCAGUGGCAGUGGUGAGCCGGCUCUACGACGAGCUGUUGCUACUCAGCCUGCGUCGGCCCAAGCUGGGCGAGGCAGCAGCCUCGCUUCUGCAAGAGUUGGCUGGGCCAGGGGUGACGCAGCAGGCUGAGGAUGCUAUCGCCGUGGUGCUCUCACGCUGCGUGGCAGAAGUGCGCCGGCUGCGGCUGGAGCCAGGUGCGGCCGAGGAGACGGAGGCGCCAGCCGAUCAGGCCAGCCCGCCCGAGCCAAGUAGCGGCUGGUGCACCCAAAGCUAA